AUGCCUCACAACGUCCUUGUCACUGGAGCCGCUGGCUACAUCGGUGGCUCUGUCAUUGCCGAUAUUCUUUCUCGUACCGAUGAGACGUUGAAGGCCGUCAACAUUUUUGCGGCUGCUCGAAACCAAGAUCAGGUCGAUAAGAUAUCCAAGCUCGACAGAGUCCAUGCCUUCUUAGUCGACCUCCAAGACAAGCCUGCUGUGGAAUAUGCAAUUGCCAAAUACGGGAUAUCUGAAAGUUCCUCUUCGGUUGCGUCCAUGUUCACCGAGGAAGGCGGAUGGCCUUUCGGCAAGGUCAAGGACUCUGAUCCCCUCAUCGAUAGGCAGAGGGAGCUUGGCCUUGACAACCCCGUUCGAAAGACGAACAUUGUUCUUGCCGAUGAAGGGAAGGCCCAGGGCGUCGAGACUUUUAACAUCCCCAUCCAGCUCACUUAUGGACGUGGAAGUGGCGAGUGCAGAAAGCUCUCUGUCAACAUUCCUGCUUUGAUUCGGACGAGCAUCAAGUUGAAGACGGUCCACAAGUUCGACCAAGACUCGACUCCUGGAAAUGUGCAUAUCUCCGAUCUUACGGAUCUGUACGUUCUCAUCCUCAACAAGAUCCUGAAAGAGGAGCCCAUCGCUGUUGGAACCGACAGAUACUUCUUCUCAGUUGCUCAUCGCAUCAGCUGGUGGAAGAUCAUGGAUAAGAUUGCCGAAGGGCUCUACGCCCGUGGUCUUGUCGAUGAGCCGACACCAAAGAUCUGGCCCAACUAUGACGUGGCAGCUGAUGCCCUCGGAUUUCCACGAAAGUUCAUUCGUCCCAUGUGCAUGCCCAAGCAAGUUUCUCUUGACCUCGAAAUGAUACAAAUGCUGACCAGUCUCAGUGGUGAUCUUGAACCGGCGAACGGAACUGCGUUGGGUUGGAGGCCCAAACAGGACAGCGAGCAGAAAUGUCUGGAUCAGAUUGACCAAGAGAUCAAUGAUGUUGAGGAACUGGAUACUGUCAGAAUGGGGCUUUUUGACACUCUUAUCGCCGAACAGAAAUAG